UCAGUGCAACUCAUAUAUGGAAUUGAUGAUCCUGACCUAUUGUAUACAGCACUGUCAAAAUUUGGAGUAUCUCUAUGUUCGAAGCCCUACAUCUAUAUAUCAGGCAGAUAAUGGAUUAUUUCUUCCAAAAAACAAAGUACAUUCACACCGGGACUGGAAGCCAUUUAAAUUGGAUGAAGGAUAUAUGGAAGAUUUCUUUAAAUCACUGACAAAGCUGAGAAACCUAAGAGUCUUGAGGUUGGAAAACUUGCAUGUUACAGUAUCCUGCAGAUUGCAACUUGUUGAAGUCUUUAGGAAAAACCAGAAGUUGAAGGAAUUAAAUUUUAUCUUUGAAGAUACAAAUCACAGUGCAGUGGAAUUGUUGUGUUCGGCGCUCCAACGUCCAUGUGAAAUAGAAACACUGGAGCUGAAUGUAAAGGGCAUGACCCAAAAAUGCAGCAUGGAUCUUGCAGAUAUAUUUUGGAGAAACCAGAAAUUAAAAGAGUUAAAGUUGUAUCUCUACAAUAUAGAUGACAAAACAGCACAUAUGAUGUUUUGGGGGCUUCUACACAGAAACUGUAAAGUAAAAAACUAUGGUGUGAACCUUCCUAAAAGGGGUGGUGAACAUCAGACCUCCAGCAGUUCAUCGCUUUCCCAACUGGGAGUUGCCUAUCAUAUUACAGGCCCUCACAUCCGAGCCAUUCGAGCUGCUUCGCACCAUCAGUUUAUGACUGUUUUCCUCAUGGCCAUCACCUCGGCCAGGAGGGCCGGUAUCCAGGCAUAUUACAGCCCACUCCACUCAGAGUGCGGCUACCAUUGCUGCCUGGGCAACACAAGCUUCCGUGGAGGAGAUAUGCAGGGUGGCGACUUGGUCAUCUCCAUCAUCAAACAUUAUAAACUGGACGUGUUUGCCUCCACUAAGGCAUCGGUUCAGCGACAUGUAUUACAGAGGGUCAUUGAGGUUCCUGAGACCCUGGACCAAUCCAGUACCCGCCCUUAG